UUAUCCGCAUGUAAAGAUCUCACACGAACUUAAAGACGAAGUUAUUCAUUAUCCAAAGGCAAAGCCAAGGAAGAUGCAAAUCAGACGGUUCAUUGGUCUUGUUCUCAUCCUGUCAUUAUCCUCUGCGGUGUUUGGAGAUGAGAAAGCUAUACUGACGACCCUUCGCAACAACUUUCGCAACGCAUAUCCCCCCGGGCAAGGACAGUUUGGUGUUCUUUAUCUUCACCAAGGAAGCGUCGCCACAGACCCUGUCUACGAUGUUCAGAACCUGUGUACAGUCGUGGAUAAAGGGGGCCAGAGAAACAUCAUAAAAGCAUCUGCAAAUGUUUGGGCUCAAAAUAAGGGUCCAAAAAAUGUUAUUAUGAGGUUUAAGCCCCCAAUAUGGCCGACUCAGAUUCCAGUCCUUGCCAGUGAUUGCAAAAAUCAACAUCCUAAUGUAGCGACUGCUGGUUUUGAUAAAUAUCUAAAUAAGCCCGUGGCGAAUGCCGGUCAUUCUGAAUAUCUUCUUCUUAACUUGGCGCUAGGGAAAAUGUUGCAGUCGUACAAGCGAAACUCGGCAGGCAACGUCUGUCCUGGAGCGAUAUUCCUAUAUACAUAUAACUCUCCCUGUUACAACAGUCGCUUCCCGUCUAAUUGUGUGAAGGAAAUUAUAAACGCCAGACAAGAUAUAAUUAAAAGAGAAUGUCCAGGCACACCAUUUCAUGUUGGAUACACAUCUGUGUACUUUAAAAAUCAGGCGGGCUGGGACAAAGCGCUGACUACGGCAAAGAUAAAUGUAAUUCAUGUAACAUAGUGCAUGGGCAGGCGCUCCGACAUUGAAAAAACUUGUUGCAAAAGUAAUUCAUUGGUGAACAGUUGUGAGAUUCCUAGUCUAUAUGCAACCAAACUGGAAAAAAUUCUACAGAAAAUAUAUUAGUUGUUCAAGCAGUUUUUGACAUCCCUGUUUCUUGCAUGUUAACUCGUGUGGUGACAAAGGUUUAAACGUGUUACAUUACAAUAAUUUGGAAGAGAAAACAUCUUGCAAUAAAAAAAU